AUAUCAAUGCCGCCGUUCUCUCUGCGUCUUUGCACGAGGACUGGGACGAUUCUGCACGGCCUGUGGUGAGCUGCGCCUUUUGUUUCUGAAUCAGCCGCUUCUCCACGAAAUCUACAACACGCGCACCGUAGCCAUGGCGCCUGCCGCAGUGAGGAAGCCGCAGUCGCAGACGCAGACAAAGACGCAAUGGUCGACGGAGUUCGACACAAAGAAACGGCAGCGCCUCUUCCAGAACCCCCCCAAGGACAAGACAGCCUACCCCACGCUCGCCGCUGCAGUCGACCCCCACAUCAACUCGUUCAACACCAUCUUCGUACCUGGCGGGCAGAUCGACGAGGGCAUCCGUGAAAUCGGCACAAAGGUCUUCGUCGAUGGCGACCCGUAUGCGCAGCCCGAGGAGGUGGGCGCGCGCAACAGGCUCUCUGUGCGCAUCCAAGACGUCUUUCUCGACAAGUCGGUGCUGCCCUCGUCGAACAAGGUCGCGCUCAAGAACCGCACCAUCCUCCCCGCCGAGUGCAGAGAGCGGCACGCCACCUACCGCGGCAAGCUGCGCGCACGACUCGAGUACAAGGUGAACAACAUGGACUGGCAGGAGGAGGUGUGCGAUCUGGGCACCAUCCCCAUCAUGCUGCGGUCUAACCGGUGCCACCUCGAAGGCCUGAGUCCAGACGCGCUCAUCAAGGCCAAGGAGGAAAGCGAGGAGCUGGGCGGCUACUUCAUCGUCAACGGCAUCGAGAAAAUCAUCCGCAUGCUGCAGGUGAACAGGCGCAACUACCCCAUGGCCAUCAAGCGUGGGGCCUUCAUGAACCGCGGGCCGGGUUACACGCAAUACGGUAUCCUCAUUCGUUCCAUGCGACCAGAUCAGACGUCGCAGACAAACGCCCUCCACUACUUAAGCGACGGCAAUGUCAACCUGCGCUUUUCGUGGAGAAAGGCAGAGUACCUCGUGCCCGUCAUGAUGGUGCUCAAGGCCUUGGUUGAAACGAACGACCGGGAGAUCUUCGAGGGCCUGGUCGGCGCAGCUGGCUCAGAAGGGCUUGCCGAGAAACAGUUUGUGACCGAUAGAGUGGAACUGCUGCUCCGGACGUACAAGGUCUAUGGGCUGCACUCCAAAGCCAAGACACGGGCAUACCUAGGACAGAAGUUCAAGGUCGUACUGCAGAUCCCCGAGGACACAAGCGACGAAGAAGCCGGUACCGAGUUCCUACGAAGAAUUGUCCUGCCACACCUGGGGGCAUAUGACGUUACUCCCGCCCAGGAUGCCGACAAGUUCCGUAUGCUGCUCUUCAUGACCCGGAAACUAUAUUCCCUUGUUGAGGGCGAGUGUGCCGUCGACAACCCAGAUGCUGUGCAGAACCAGGAAAUUCUGCUUGGAGGCCAGCUGUACGGCAUGAUCAUCAAGGAGAGACUCGACGACUGGCUGAAUUCUUUACGCCCUGUCUUGAACGACUAUGGACGCAGAACAGAAUGGAGGUCGUUCACUUCCCCAGAAUUCCAGAAAGACUUUGUCCAGAAAGUGCUCAAGAAGACCACCAUGAACGUUGGCCAGGCCAUGGAAUACUUCCUCUCUACCGGAAACCUCAUCAGUCCUACUGGCCUGGACCUCCAGCAAACAGCUGGUUUCGUGGUCGUGGCAGAAAAGAUCAACUUCUACCGAUUCAUCAGUCAUUUCAGGAUGGUGCACAGAGGUGCUUUCUUCGCGCAACUCAAAACUACGACUGUACGAAAACUGCUGCCCGAGAGUUGGGGCUUCAUGUGUCCCGUUCACACCCCUGACGGAGCUCCAUGUGGGCUACUCAACCACUUUGCACACAAAUGCAAGUUGGCAACACAGAACGUUGAUGUCUCAGCGAUUCCCAAACUCGUUGCACAGUUGGGCGUGUCAAGCAAAUCAUCCGCCUCACUUGACGCGAGUGUGGUCGUACAGCUGGACGGCCGCGUUUUGGGUUUCUGCUCGCCAAAGCAAGCCAAAGUCAUUGCAGAUACACUUCGUUACUGGAAAGUCGAAGGCACGCACAAUGUCCCCUUGGAACUCGAGAUUGGCUACGUUCCCAAUUCAAGUGGCGGCCAGUACCCCGGUAUUUUCAUGUUCUCACAAGUUGCGCGCAUGUACAGACCUGUCAAGUAUCUGCCCCUUGGCAAGCUAGACUAUGUAGGGCCUUUCGAGCAGCCGUAUAUGUCAAUAGCGUGUACAGAUGCUGAAAUCGUGUCGGGCGAUUCAACGCAUGUUGAAUUCGAUCCUACUAACAUAUUCUCCAUCGUCGCCAACAUGACACCCUUCUCAGACUUCAACCAAUCUCCCCGAAACAUGUACCAGUGUCAGAUGGGUAAACAGUCAAUGGGAACACCUGGAACUGCCGGGCGAUACCGAACGGACAACAAGACCUACCGCUUACAGACUGGUCAAACGCCUAUCGUACGACCGCCCCUCCACAACGAGUAUGGCUUGGAUAACUUUCCCAACGGCACGAACGCUGUUGUAGCUGUCAUCUCAUACACAGGGUACGACAUGGAUGACGCCAUGAUCAUAAACAAAUCUGCACAUGAGCGUGGGUUUGGUCACGGUACCAUUUACAAGACCAAGAUUUGCGACCUUGAAGAGGGUGGUCGGAGAAAUCGGUCUGGUCGGACCGUGACUAAACUCUUUGGGUUCGCUCCUGAAGGGCUUGUCAAGGCAGCUGACAAGGAAACAAUUGACGAUGAUGGGUUCCCUCGUAUUGGUGCGAUGCUGCGCUCAGGCGACAAACUUGCUGCAUGGCAUACUGUUUCGUACGACGCAGCUACCGGCGACUACAUAAACCGUGAUGGCAAUACCAGCUACUUCAAAUACAAGGAAGAUGAGCUGGCGUUUGUCGAAGAAGUCCGCAUCAUCGGCUCGGAAGACGGCACCCAGCCCUGUCAAAAGCUCAGCAUCAAACUCCGUGUUCCACGUUCGCCCGUCAUUGGCGACAAGUUCUCCUCUCGUCACGGACAGAAGGGUGUUGCUUCGCAGAAAUGGCCAUCAAUUGACAUGCCCUUCUCGGAGUCUGGCAUCCAACCUGAUGUCAUCAUCAACCCGCACGCUUUCCCAUCUCGAAUGACAAUCGGUAUGUUCGUUGAGUCGCUGGCAGGCAAAGCAGGAGCGCUUCAUGGUAUUUCUCAAGACUCCACGCCAUUCCGUUUCGACGAGCAGAACACCGCCGUCGAUUUCUUCGGCCAUCAGCUUAUGAAGGCUGGUUAUAACUACUACGGUAACGAACCGAUGUAUAGCGGUAUCACGGGUCAAGAACUUGCCGCCGAUAUCUACAUCGGUGUUGUCUACUACCAACGUCUCCGUCACAUGGUCAACGACAAGUACCAAGUGCGUACCACCGGUCCCGUCAACUCAACGACCGGGCAACCCAUCAAGGGUCGUAAGAAGGGUGGUGGUAUCCGUGUUGGAGAAAUGGAGCGCGACGCGCUUAUUGCUCACGGUACUGCCUUCCUACUGCAAGAUCGUCUGAUGAACUGCUCCGACUACACCAAAGCUGCUAUAUGUCGCGCCUGUGGUUCAUUCUUGUCUACCGCGCCUACAGUUAGCGAGUAUUCACGUAAGAAGGACCAAGGGGGCAAAAACAUGACCAUUCGGUGCAGAAGGUGCGCCACAUUGGCGGACGGUGUGCAGAGCACGAGCGAGGUUUGGACAGAUGGCCAAGGUAUGCGAUUCAUGGGCGGCGACGACGUGGCGGUUGUUGCCGUGCCGGGAGUGUUGAAAUAUCUGGAUGUUGAGCUGGCGAGUAUGGGUGUGAGGUUGAAGUUCAAGGUCGACCCAUGAGGAACGCAGGGGAUUGUCACGACAAGUCUUUGGAAAGGCAUGCAUUGCUUGGAGUUUUUGGUAUGUGAAAAGUCUUCCGCUGGGGGUGUUUUGCGCAGUUUGCAAUUGGUAG